AUGUCGAAUCCCUACUAUCAUCAACAGGGCGCCGGCUAUUCCACGUACCGCGGCUCACCUGCUCAACAAAAUCAGCCUUAUCAAACUCCUCCCCCAGCAGCGACAGCGUAUUCCAGGCCACCUCCGCAGCAGCCUUCUUCACCUUACCCCGCAUCUACCCAGCAGGGUUAUGCACGUCCUCCGCCGCCGCCGCCCACUGGCCAGCCCUAUGGAUCUUCGGGAUCGCCGUACCCUGGACAACAAUCUCCAUACCCGGGACAGCAGCCCCCUUAUCCUGCACAGCAGCAGCCAAUGCAACAGUCUUCCCACUCGCGCGACCCACAACAACCUUCCUGGCAGCAGGCACCGGCACCGGCGUACCCUGGACAGCAACCGUCUUACCCUGGGCAACAGCAGGCCUACCCUGGACAACAGCAACCUUACUCCGGACAGCAACAGGCUCAACCUGGACAACAACCUGCCUAUGGAUCUUACCCACCCCAGGGAGCUCCAUACCCAGGUGGCCAGGCUCAGGGCCGCCCUGGACCUUCACCUGGCCCGCCUGGACAGUAUGGCGCGCCCGGCGGUGGUCCUCCACAGGCUGCCCCGCCUACCCAACAACAGGUCUCAGCGUAUCGCCAGCUGCUGAUCAGCACCAUUCAGGAGAAGAAUCUCCAAAGCUUCUACCCUCCUGAGCGUCUGGACCGAGUGGUGCAAUCCCUGGCUAGCAAUGCUCCAGCCAAGCUCCAGAAUUUGAUCCAUGAAUGGAAUGUGCCCAUGGAAGUGGCCACGGACGUGAUGAAGCUGGCUCUGUUUGAUGUCAUUCUCUACGUGGAUGACAGUGGAUCGAUCGAGUUUGAAGAGAAGGGACUGCGAAAGGAUCAGCUCCGUCAGAUUCUUGGAGUCGUGGCUACUGCAGCCGCCACCUUUGAUGAAGAUGGUAUCUCCGUGCGAUUCAUGAACUCUUCAGAGUCUGGGGAUGGAAUUCGCAAUGCGAACGACGUCAAUGCGCUGGUCUCUCGUGUUCGUUUCUCGGGAUUGACCCCUCUUGGCACCAGCUUGAAGAGCAAAGUCAUUGACCCCAUGGUUGUGGGUCCCGCCCGUGCAGGUCGUCUUGAGAAGCCAGUGUUGGUGAUUACCAUCACCGAUGGUCAGCCUGCUGGUGAGCCGCACAGCAUGGUCCAUGACGCUAUCCGCCACGCUGUUGACGAGACUUCGCGCACCCGUUACGGCCGGGGUGCGGUCUCGUUCCAAUUCUCACAGGUCGGUAAUGACCAGCGGGCGCGUGAGUUCCUGGGCGAUCUGGAUGAGGAUCCCGAGAUUGGUAAUCUGAUUGAUUGCACGUCGAUAGAACAGGAUGAAAUGUCGCGUGCCAACCCUCCAGUGCAUCUGACUCGGGAGCUUUGGUGCGCCAAGUUGAUGCUCGGUGCGAUCGACUCAUCAUACGACACCAAGGAUGAGAAGAGUGCCGGUGCCCGACCUCCCCAACCCCAGGCUUCAUAUGGUGGUGGAUAUAAUCAACCCCCAUCUGGCGGUCAGCCUGGGUAUGGGGCCCCACCAUCUGGAUAUCAAUCUGGACCACCCCAGAGCUCGUACAGCCCCCAGCCCGGCUAUGGUCAGGCGCCUCAACAACAGCAGCAGCAGCAGCAGCAACAGCCCCCAUAUUCAGGCGCCAGUCGUGGAUCUCCGUAUGGACAGCCCCAGGGCUAUGGAUAUCCCUCUGGAGGCGGCAGUGGUUACCCGCCACCACCUCGUCGUUACUAG